AUGUAUAGGGCAAAGCUCGUUGAUGACCCCCAGAUCCAACAUGCCUCCCUUCAUAAUCCCAUGCCGCUGCAGGCACAUCUAUACAUCUGGCCUUUCCUAAUUAUCUGGCCCGCCUUCUUCGCCUUUUACCUGUCCCCGGAGCGAUAUGAUACCUACAUUCAGGGCCAGGAGUGGACAUUCGUCUGGUCUGGGUCCAUCAUCACAGCCCAGUCUCUCCUGUGGCUGAUGACCAAGUGGAAUAUCAACCUGAGGUCUUUUUUUACUAUGAAAUCUUCCAAGUCUGUCGAUACCGCUCGUUUGAUCAAGGUUAUUCCCAUCGAAAACGCCGGCUCCCCCGAGAUCUGCACAUUGCACCGCGAUAACUUUGGCGGCAAGAAAACACUGUCCUUCCUCUUCCAGAAGCGCCGGUUCUUGUUCUACCCCGAGACCAAAACUUUCGCACCUCUGUCCUAUGUCCUCGACGAAGAGCCCAAGCCUGCCCUCAGCUAUUUUCAAAAGAGCAAGGGUUUGACCACGAAGGCUCAAAUCGACAGUGUGCAGCAUCACUAUGGCGAUAACACCUUCGAUAUCCCCGUCCCUACAUUCAUGGAACUUUUCCAAGAACAUGCAGUGGCCCCGUUCUUCGUGUUCCAGAUCUUCUGUGUCGGACUGUGGAUGCUGGAUGAAUACUGGUACUACUCGCUAUUUACCUUGUUUAUGCUGGUCACAUUCGAGAGUACGGUUGUGUGGCAGCGUCAGCGCACCCUGACCGAGUUCCGGGGCAUGAACAUCAAGCCUUACGACGUUUGGGUCUACCGUGAGAAUAAGUGGCAGGAAAUCACUAGUGACAAGCUUCUCCCAGGCGAUUUAAUGUCCGUCAAUCGUACCAAGGAAGACAGUGGUGUUGCGUGCGAUAUUCUGUUGAUUGAGGGUACCGCCAUCGUGAAUGAGGCGAUGCUCUCUGGUGAAAGUACUCCCCUGCUCAAGGACUCCGUUCAGCUGCGCCCCGGCGAGGAUCUGAUCGAGCCCGAUGGAUUGGACAAGAACUCUUUCGUGCACGGAGGUACCAAGGUGCUCCAGAUUACUCACCCCAAUGCGAACGGCGAAGACCCCUUGAAGAACUUGGCGAGCGGCCUCGUUAUGCCCCCAGACAAUGGUGCCCUUGGCGUCGUGGUCAAGACCGGCUUUGAGACUAGCCAAGGAAGUCUUGUGCGAACGAUGAUCUACUCCACUGAACGUGUGUCAGCCAACAACGUCGAGGCCCUGCUGUUCAUCCUCUUCCUUCUUUGUUUCGCCAUCGCAGCCUCGUGGUAUGUGUGGCAGGAGGGUGUAUCCAAGGACCGCAAGCGAUCCAAGCUUCUUUUGGACUGUGUUCUGAUCAUUACGAGUGUUGUUCCUCCAGAGCUUCCUAUGGAGCUGAGCUUGGCUGUCAACACAAGCCUGGCUGCGCUGAGCAAAUUUGCUAUCUUCUGUACUGAGCCUUUCCGAAUUCCAUUCGCUGGUCGUGUCGAUAUCGCUUGUUUCGACAAGACCGGCACACUUACUGGCGAAGAUCUGGUUGUGGACGGCAUUGCUGGCUUCAACCUUGGCCAGCCUGGCGCACAGGUCGAGGCUGACGGUGCCCAUGUACAACUGGCAAAUACCGCGAGUAUCAGUUCCGAGACCGGCCUUGUUCUUGCCAGUGCUCAUGCCUUGGUGAAAUUGGAUGAGGAGAAAUUGUUGGGCCAACCUCCUGUUUAUGCCUCGCGCCCGGUCGAGUCUGUUCAAGUUAAGCGCAGAUUCCAGUUCUCCUCCGCCCUGAAGCGAAUGAGUACCAUCUCUACCGUCUCGUCAGUUGACCCGAAAGCUUCCAAGAAGACUAAGGCUACCUUUGUCAGCGUUAAGGGUGCUCCGGAGACCAUUGGCUCUAUGCUGAUCAACCUGCCUCCAAACUACGAGGAAACUUACAAGCACUUUACUCGCAACGGUGCCCGUGUCCUUUCCCUUGCGUACAAAGUUAUCUCUCCAGACUCAGAGCUUUCCCAAGGACGUAUCAAUAACUUCACCCGCGAAGAGGUCGAGUCUGAAUUGAUCUUCGCUGGUUUCUUGGUUUUGCAGUGCCCUCUCAAGGACGAUGCGAUCAAGGCUGUUCGCAUGCUUAAUGAAAGCAGUCACAGAGUUGUCAUGAUUACCGGAGACAACCCGCUGACUGCUGUUCAUGUCGCUCGCCAGGUCGAGAUUGUUGACCGGGAGGUUGUCAUUCUGGAUGCUCCCGAGCAUGAUAACUCUGGUACCAAGCUGGUUUGGCGUACCAUUGAUGACAAGCUCAACACCGACGUCGAUCCUACUCAGCCUCUUGACCCUGAGAUCAUCCGCACAAAGGACAUCUGUAUCACUGGUUAUGCUCUCGCCAAAUUCAAGGACCAGCCAGCUCUUCCCGACCUUCUGCGCCACACUUGGGUCUAUGCUCGUGUGUCACCUAAGCAAAAAGAAGAGAUCCUUCUCGGCCUCAAGGAUGCUGGUUACACUACUCUGAUGUGUGGUGACGGAACCAACGAUGUUGGUGCUUUGAAACAGGCUCACAUUGGUGUUGCUCUCUUGAACGGCUCGCAAGAUGACCUCAACAAGAUUGCUGAACACUUCCGUACUACUAAGAUGAAGGAGCUCUACGAGAAACAAGUUUCUAUGAUGCAACGAUUCAACCAGCCUUCGCCCCCUAAGGCGAUGGAGAGAGAAGCAUCCAAGAAAGCUGCUGCUGGCACCCCGGCUGGUGAAUCAAUCCAGACGAUUACCUCCCCCGGGGCCCAGGCUUUACAGCAAAACCUUACUCCACAACAGCAAAGACAGCAGCAAGCGUCUGUUGCCGCCGCCGGUUUCGCCGACAAGCUCACUACAUCUAUGCUGGAGCAGGAAUUGGAUGAUAGCGAGCCUCCAACAAUCAAGCUGGGUGACGCCUCUUGCGCGGCUCCCUUCACCAGCAAACUGGCCAACGUCGUCGCAAUUCCCAACAUCAUCCGUCAGGGCCGUUGCACACUCGUUGCGACAAUUCAGAUGUACAAGAUUCUUGCAUUGAACUGUUUGAUCAGUGCUUACAGUCUGAGUGUCAUCUACCUGGAUGGUAUCAAAUUUGGUGAUGGUCAAGUCACUAUCAGCGGUAUGCUUAUGAGUGUCUGCUUCUUGUCCAUCUCCCGUGCAAAGUCUGUCGAGGGCCUGUCUAAGGAGCGACCUCAGCCGAACAUCUUCAAUAUCUAUAUUAUUGGAUCGGUCCUUGGUCAAUUCGCUAUCCAUAUCGCGACUCUGGUCUACCUUUCCAACUACGUCUAUAAACGUGAACCGAGAGAUGACAAUGUCGAUCUUGAGGGUGAAUUCGAGCCUUCUCUAUUGAACAGCGCGAUCUACCUGCUCCAGCUGAUCCAGCAAAUCUCCACCUUCUCCAUCAACUACCAGGGCCGACCCUUCCGUGAGUCCAUCCGAGAGAACAAGGCCAUGUACUGGGGUCUGGUGGCUGCUUCCGCUUGCGCCUUCUCCUGUGCUACUGAGUUCGUUCCGGAGAUCAACGAGAAGCUGCGUCUGGUCCCCUUCACCAACGAGUUCAAGCUGACCCUCACCGCGCUGAUGAUCGUCGACUACGCCGGUUGCUACAUCAUUGAGAAUGUGCUGAAGCACUUCUUCAGUGACUUCCGCCCCAAGGAUAUCGCCGUUCGCCGCCCUGAUCAGCUGCAGCGCGAGAACGAACGCAAGGCCAAAGAGGCGCUUGAGGCUCAGGCCCAGGGCCAGGCUGCAUAA